AUGGAACCACACACCGCCUCCAAAUUGAGAGAGCGCAAAUCCAACCGUCUUAAAGAUUUCGUUGUUAUGGCCGGACCUUUAGGCGUUUCGCAUUUGAUGAUUUUUUCUCAAUCUAUUAAUGGAAAUACUUCGCUUAGAAUAGCUCGUACUCCCAGAGGGCCCACGUUAAAUUUUAGAAUCAAAAGUUACAGUCUGUGUAAAGAUAUUCAAAAGUACACAAAGAACCCUCGGUCAACAGACUUGGCUAGUACUGAUUACGUAAAUCCACCUCUACUAGUUAUGAAUGGAUUUUCCACAGAAAAAACUUCUGAUAAGGAUGCAUUAAUGACCUCCAUGCUUCAGAAUAUGUUUCCACCUAUUAAUGUUCAGGAAACCAAAAUUGGCUCUAUCAAACGUGUAAUGAUGAUCAACAAGGAUCCGGUUACGGGACAUUUAGAUAUUCGUCAUUAUGCUAUUGAUACAAAACUUGUUGAUGUUUCUCGUCCCGUUAAAAAGCUAUCAACUGUUAAGACGCAUGUACGAAAGAGACUACCUAAUAUGUCAAAGGCAAGCGACAUUGCUGAUUAUUUAUUAGAUCCAUCGGGAGGUGGCUAUACAAGCGAAUCGGAAGUUGAGGAUGACGCUACAGUCGAGGUCGUUAAGGCUGAUGACGGUACUUCAAAGUCUGAGAACAAGUCCACUGAUACUAGCAAUGGAACGGAAAAUACUCAAACACAAAAAAGAGCUGUCAAGUUGGUUGAAAUUGGCCCCAGAUUGCGUCUUGAAUUACGUAAAAUUGAAGAUGGUCUGUGCGAAGGCAAGACUCUUUAUCACUCUUAUGUCGAAAAGACUCCUACCGAGAUUGCCAGACUCGAGAAAAGACAUAAUGAGAGACAAGAGCUCAAGAGCAACAGAAGGAAGGAGCAAGAGGAGAAUGUUCGUCGAAAACAAGAGCUCAAGUCGACCAAAGGUUCGAGGACGAAGCGUGCUUUGGAAAAGGCUAAGUCACUCGAAACAGAGAAUGAGGAUCAAAGUAAUGCUGAUCGUGUGGAGGAUGCCAUGGAUGUUGAGGAUGAACAGGCUCCUGAAGACAUGGACGACUAUGAUUUAGAGAUUGCUAAUGCAGGUGGCGAAUCAUCUGAGUCUGAUGAUGAGUAA